AGGUCGACAUCCUUCACUUCCUGUUCUCGUCCUCCGAGAGCAAUAUUUCACACUCUAUUGUUCUCACUCGACUGUUCCGAGCUCUACGCUGGCCGAAAAGGGGUCAAAGGUCACUCCUUCACCAUCACUCCGGCCUUUCUGACCCCUUGGCUUUUUAAUUAUUAUUAUUAAGGCCCUCAAUGGACGGCUUAAUUGUAUAAAACGCAGCUCUGAGACGGGUUUUUAAAAGGUACCGAGGAUGGCGAUGACACUAACGGAGUUCACUCGCGCUCUGGACCAUGAAACGCUGCCCAGGAUUCUGCAGAUUCAGUCGGGGAUUUACUUUCAAGGUUCUGUAUACGAGCUCUUUGGGAGAACGUGUUGUCUCUCCACUGGAGAUCUGAUGAAGAUCAUCGAUAUCACCAUCACCAGAUUCAUCACACACACUUCAGACGGGACGGAUAUCAACCUACCUUUAGAUUAUCCAGGUCUCUUUAGGAUUGUAGCAGACACUGAGCCUUAUCUGAGCAUCCAAGAAAUUGUGCACUCGCUGAAGAUCGGAUCUCACGUACUCAGCCAGCCGACGUUCCUGUCCUCGGCUAAAAUUGCUCUCCCGCAAGGCUCGCUGAAGAAGCGAGAGAUCUUCCGAAUUACCUCCGUCGUGCAUGACCUGGAUGGUGGUGAAGGCCACGUUGUAUGCGAGGUUCUUCAUCGAGAGCCGAAGUUCUGCUUCACGCUCAGCCUCUCGCAGCAAGGGAAUUUCAUGGAGUGUGAGGAUGAUCAGUUUUACACACUCCAAGAGCUCGCCACGUGGAAAAUCCCUAAUGGAAGGAAGAGAAUCGUGACUGUAGUAAAAGACCUGCCCGUGAAGGAUUUGCUGUUUUCCAAUUUGUUGGAAAACGUGUGUGGAGAGUUGACGUUAACUCCUGUGUACGAGUUACAAGCUGUUAUGUCGGUCGGGAAGAACGUGGUCGUCAUUCCAUCCAACCUGGACGUGGAAGUCAUGGACGUGACGGAUCAGUUUGACACAAGCUCCUUCAUCCAGCCACUUUCCCUCCAGGACGUGUUCCAGAAGCCCAGUGAGAUCUUCCCCUUUGUGGCUGAAGUGAUUGAAAGACCUACAACUGAAGGGAACAUGCCAGAAGAGUUGGCAUUCCUGUUAGAUUGCACACAAAUCAUCGUCCACCGCGCUUACAAAGCCAAGCGAAUCCUCGCCACGGAAAUCCGGCAAGAAUCACCGAGACAUUUCCUGAUUCCUACAAGCUAUAACGGACGAUUAAAGCGGCGGCCUCGUGAAUUUCCGACGGCGUACGACCUAAAACGAGCACAAAGUGACACUGAAAAACUGCACGUUGUGGCGACUAGAGCUUUUGAUUCCAUUUACGACGGUUUGGCAUCCGUUCUUGUGGGGGAUGAGUUUCAAGUGAAGAAAAAAGAAACUAAGUAUGAUGAAAAGGGAGAUAAGAUGGAUUCCUUGACGUGCCUGAAGAUUAAAGGGAAAUCCCACGAGGCUGUGUGUCUCCCGAUGUUUUUAGAUGGCGGCUUUAUGGAAGUCAUCCAUGAUAAACGACAGUAUUCCAUUUCAGAGAUUUGCCGUUGGUUCCCUUUGCCGUUCAACGUCAAAGUUUCCGUUCGUGAUCUUUCAUUAAAGGAGGACAUUUUGGCCGGAGUUCCAGGCCUACGCAUUGAGGAAGAAAUCGUUGACCCGUAUUUGCUCAUCUCGACCCCUGACUUGUCAAGCUGGUGGGAGAUCGCAGUGAAUCGCACACACAUGACCCUUCACAUGGAUAAAAGAUGGAAUGACGGGGAACCUUUGUGUAACGUCAACUCGUUUGUCGAAGAGAUUUCUGAGAAAUGUUACUACACCAUGAGGAGAUACGCUGUAGCCACGGUAACACCCCCACCGAGACCUCCGAAAACACCCAAACGACCUCCAGAGCGACCGGCCAGGACACAGCAAGCAAAACCAGAAAAAUCCGCCACCUGCUCGCCAAAGCCUGCAGCCGUCAGCAGAGAAAGUUCCACAGACUGCACUACCACAGAAACCGAGAAAAACACCGCAACUCCUGCCACGUUUCCCAGAACGACUGGACAGAAAGAUACGAAGCUCGAUCGCGCUUCAUCCGCUGUCAGCAGAGGCCGCAGUCUGGAGGACGUGUGUGUGAACAAAGCGGACGAUGACGACGCUCACGAUUAUGAAUACAUCGACGAAGACGAACUCGAGAACAUCAGGAGGCAGUUCAGUGAACAGUCUGUUAGCAUUUCUGCUAAAGCGAAACCCAGUAACACGAUAUAGCCGUCGUAUAAUUACACUAUACGGGUUAGAAAAUUAGUUAAAGGGUGACAUCAAGAAAAAUAAACAACAACGACUACCAUGUUAGCAUGCAUUAGCAUGUUACACACAGAGAACUAAUCACUCUCAUCUCGAAACGCAGAAGGAAACGCUCACAUUUACGCUUUUAAGAAGAUAAUGUUAUAGUGAUGAUCAAUAAUAAAUAAUAAUAAUCUUAGCACAGUAUUAGCAUGCUAGCAGGUGUGGCAUUGAAUUAGCAUAUUAUACUAAUAUACACUAUGCCAAUAAAAUAAUAAGAAUGUAUUGAGAGCUCUAAAAUGACUGCUAUUUAAAUAAAUAAAUAAAUAAAUAAAUAAAUAAAUAAAAUUCACCCAGCACACAAACGUUAGCGAGUAAAUCGACGAAAACAAGUGUGAUGUCAUUGUCACAAAUUCAUGAUCGUCGUUUUGAUGCUAAUUUUGAAUUUGUGUACAAGAAAACCUUCAAUAAAAAAAAAACAUGAAAGUUAUAUAUUU